AUGACGCCCUCCCCGCUGUUGUUCCUACUGCUGCUUGGCCUUGUUAGCGCUCAGGCUCCCGUGGACCUCCGUACAGCCGCCGCUAUGGCGGCAGGUUUGUGCAAAACCCGCCCUACAGACAUUGUGUUCAUCAUCGACAGCAGUCGUAGCGUUCGCCCUUCAGAGUUCGAGCAGGUCAAAGUCUUCCUGGCCAAGGUCAUUGAGGGGCUCGAUGUCGGUCCCAACGCCACCCGUGUGGGAGUUGUCAACUAUGCCAGCCGUGUCAAGAAUGAGGUGUCUCUGAAGACUCACCGCACCAAAGCCGGGCUGGUAAAAGCCGUGACGAAGAUCGAGCCUCUGUCCACAGGAACCAUGACCGGCCUCGCCAUCCAGUUUGCACUGAAUGUGGCGUUCAGUGAAGGAGAGGGCGCACGCGUCAAAUCCCCUGACAUCAGCAAGGUUGCCAUCAUCGUGACAGACGGGCGUCCCCAGGACAAUGUGAAGGAUGUAGCUCAGCGUGCUCGGGAUGCAGGGAUUGAGAUCUUUGCCAUUGGUGUGGGCCGUGUUGACAUGAGCACCCUGCGCCAGAUGGCCAGUGACCCUCUGGAUGAUCACGUCGACUACGUAGAGAGCUACAGUGUCAUCGAGAAGCUCACCAAGAAGUUCCAGGAGGCCUUCUGUGUGUCGGACCUGUGUGCCACCGGAGAUCAUGACUGUGAGCAGGUAUGCAUCAGCAGCCCUGGAUCAUUCAAGUGUGCCUGCAAAGAAGGCUUUACCCUCAUGGACGAUGGUCGCAGCUGCAGCGCCUGCAGCAACUCUGCAACAGACGUGGUGUUCCUGAUUGAUGGCUCCAAGAGUGUCCGCCCUGAGAACUUUGAGCUGGUCAAGAAGUGGAUCAACCAGAUCAUUGACAAGCUGGAUGUUUCUGAAAGCAAGGCUCACGUGGGACUGGUGCAGUACUCCAGCUCUGUCAGACAGGAGUUCCCUCUGGGCCGCUACAACAGUAAGAAGGACCUGAAGGAUGCAGUGAAAAAGAUGGCCUACAUGGAGAGGGGGACCAUGACAGGUCAGGCUCUGCGCUACCUGACAGACAACAGCUUCGGUCCCGGCCAGGGCGCACGCCCGGGAGUCACCAAGGUGGGCAUCGUCUUCACUGAUGGACGCAGCCAGGACUACAUCGGAGAUGCAGCUAAGAAAGCAAAGGAGAACGGUUUUAAGAUGUAUGCAGUCGGAGUUGGCAACGCAGUUGAGGAUGAGCUGAAGGAGAUUGCCUCUGAGCCAACUGGAGAGCACUACUUCUACACCGCUGACUUCAAGGCCAUGACUCAGAUCGCCAAGAAGCUGCAGAUAAAUAUCUGCCAAGACGAGGACCCUUGUGAGUGCGACUCCCUCGUAAAGUUCCAAAAGAAAGUAGAAGAUGCCCUACAGGCACUAACAAAAAAAUUAGACAGCAUGUCGAAGAGGAUCGCCUUGCUGGAGAACAAAAUCGUCUGAGGACUCACAUCCCACUCCUCACUCUCCAUCUACACACCCACCCACAUACACACAUAAACAAAUACACACAAACACACUCUCUGCUUCCUGUACAAUACUGAAGAGGAACCCUCUGUGUCUGUGUGUGUUUGUGUGAACCCUGAACUCUGCUUGCACCCUGAGCUCAGCCCUCUCCUCUCGGCCUCACCUCUUCCACCCUUGGGUCUCCGGGGACACGAAGCGCCGGUUGCCAUGGGGACCACGCCUUUGUGUGCGUGCUCUCCGAAGGUCAUCCUCCAUAGCCAGCCUGUGUGUUUGUUAAUAAAAGUCUUCCCUCAUAGGGAAACAGUAUGCUGAAGGGUUUUUUUUUUUUUUUUUUUUUUUUGCUGCGGUGUUGAACUCCACAAAGCCUGUGCCUCUUUAAAUGUCAUCACCUCACCUACCUGUUCAUAUCUGUCACCUUUCCCCCUCUGAAGGUUUCUCUUCCUCCAACA